AUGACGGAUGGAGUGGUCGCAACCUUCCAAAAACAAUGCGCCGUGGUACCUGGUGACACCAAUGGCUGGAUCCUGUCCGGAAAGCCCGCCAGAGACUCUUGCGACAAAGCCAGGACAUCAAGCAAAGAGGAGGGGAAUCGAGGGCGUCUGGCGGUUGCAGAUCGGGCGCUGGAAACGGGCAAGGGUGCCGUUGCGGUCAUGGAAGCAGCCAAGAUCCACGGAAUGGAAGCCACUGGCGCGGACAGUCUACUCACCUCCAGCAAAUGUCUAGGAGUCCAGCCAAAGCUCUAUGUUAUGUACGUGCAUGUACGACCCGCCACCAACCAAGACCCCUCCCCCCUACUGCACAAAGAGAAUUGCUUCCUCUCCUCGCUUCCUCGCUCGCCUCCCGCUGUCCGUCUCCUCCGUCAAAGGUGGAGCGGGGUGGGAAGUGCCAUGGACGCAAGUGCGCUCGUCCGGGCCUGA